UGCAGUCAAACUGGGGCGGGAUGUGGGCGCGAACCAACCGAGCUGCUGAGGAGUUUUACGCUCAUCUCCUUCAGGAAUUUGAUGAAGAAAAGAAAGGAAUCUGUAAAGAUCCAUUUAUCUAUGAGGCUGAUGUUCAAGUGCAGUUGAUCAGCAAAGGCCAACCAAACCCUUUGAAAAAUAUUCUAAAUGAAAAUGACACAGUAUUCAUCGUGGAAAAAGUGCCUUUAGAAAAGGAAGAAACAAGUCAUGUUGAAGAACUACAAUCUGAAGAAACUGCUAUUUCUGAUUUCUCUACUGGUGAAAAUGUUGGACCACUUGCUUUACCAGUUGGGAGAGCCAGGCAGUUAAUUGGACUUUACACCAUGGCUCACAAUCCUAAUAUGACCCAUUUGAAGAUUAAUCGGCCAGUUACUGCCCUUCCUCCCCUUUGGGUAAGGUGUGAUGGUUCAGAUCCUGAAGGUACCUGUUGGCUGGGAGCUGAGCUUAUCAUAACCAAUAACAUCAUCACAGGAAUUGUCUUGUGCAUGGUCACCUGUAAAGCUGAUAAAAAUUAUUCUGUAAAUCUUGAAGACCUCAAAAAUUCACACAAGAAAAGACAUCACUUGUCUACUUUAACAGCCAGCGGCUUUGCCCAGUAUGAGCUCUUUAAGUCCACUGCCUUGGAUGAUACAGUUGCUGCCUCACAAACUACGAUCACCUUGGAUAUUUCCUGGAGUCCUGUGGAUGAGAUUCUUCAAAUCCCUCCACUCUCUUCAACUGCAGCUCUGAAUAUUAAGGUGGAAUUGGGAGAGCCCAGAGGUCCUCUGAAUCAUCUUCACAGACAACUGAAAUUUCUCCUUGUUUUAGCUGAUGGUUUGAGGACUGGUGUAACUGAAUGGCCUGAGUCUCUGGAAGCAAAAUCUGCUGUUGAACUUGUGCAGGAAUUUCUGAAUGACUUAAAUAAGCUGGAUGAAUUUGGUGAUUCUACGAAAAAAACCACAGAGACAGUGAAACAUGACUCUGCUGCAGUUGAUCGGUCCAUGGAGUGUCUUCUCACAGUACGGGGUGAUCUCGAUUUUGCUGAGCAGCUGUGGUGCAAAAUGAGUAGUAGUGUGGUUUCUUACCAAGACUUGGUGAAGUGUUUCACGUUGAUCAUCCAGAGUCUACAGCGUGGUGAUAUACAGCCAUGGCUUCAUAGUGGGAGUAACAGUUUACUAAGUAAGCUCAUUCAUCAGUCUUACUAUGGAACCAUGGACACGGUUUCUCUCAGUGGGAUUGUUCCAGUUCAGAUGCUUUUGGAAAUUGGUUUGGAUAAACUGAAGAAAGAUUAUAUCUGUUUUUUCAUAGGCCAAGAACUUGCAUCUUUGAAUCAUUUGGAAUAUUUCAUUUCUCCAUCAGUAGAUACACAAGAGCAGGUUCAUCGUGUUCAAAAACUCCACCAUAUUCUCGAAAUAGUAGUCAGUUGCAUGCUUUUCAUUAAACCUCAACAUGAACUCCUCUUUUCUUUAACACAAUCCUGCAUAAAAUUUUAUGAACAAAAUCCUCUCGAUGAGCAACACAUUUUUCAGCUGCCAGUCAGAUCAACUGCUAUAAAAGACUUAUAUCAAAAUGAGAAGCCACAGAAAUGGAGAGUGGAAAUAAACAGUGGUCAAAAGAAGGUGAAAACAGUUUGGCAACUGAGUGACAGCCCACCUGUAGAUCAUCUGAAUUUUCACAGACCUGGCAGAGAUGAUUUUUCUGAAUUAACAUUAAACGGUAGCCUGGAAGAAAGGAUAUCCUUUACUAACAUGGUUACCUGCAGCCAGGUGCAUUUCAAGUGAAGUGUGCUGAUGGGGCCCUCUGUAAGGUGCUCAAGCCAAAAAAAGAGAGAGAGAGGUGGUGGGAAGGUAGUUAUCACAGAACCUGAAAACAGAUGUAUGUAAACCUUCGAAGGAGCAAAAGGAGGAAGAUCCUGAAGAAGAUCCCGAAGGUUCUCUGUGAAAGAUGCAGCUACAAAAUGGAUGACCCUGUCUCAGCUCAGGCUCCUCAGCAGAAGCAUCAGGAGAACUGCAGCGAUUAGUAUACAGAGGGUGCAGACUGUAGGUACCAUGAUCUCCGUCAUGAUCUGCAUGUAACUUAGAAAAGGCUCUGCGGAGGGGGAGAGAGCAACAUGGCAGAUGAGAAUGUGGUCAUUUUGGCGAAUGCAGCUUCAUCCUGAAAGCUUCAGUUGUCUGGAUAAACUUGGAAAAUGGCAUCAUCACACUUGCUAAUUAUUCUCAUUUGCUAUAAAAGAGAACCUGGUAAAUUAAAUGUUAUAAAAAAAUUAUG